UCAUGUAACAUUGUAAAGAUGGGGGGUGGCGGGGGCGCGCACAGAGCCAGACGUAACUCUUCCCAGGGAGAGAGAGGGAGGGAGGUAGAGAGAUAAGAGAAACGUAGACGGAGAAGGGAACACGGAAAUAGAAGGAGCGGUGCAGAGCGAGAGGUGUGUAGGAGACCUACACUCAUCUGCUUCAGAAAUCCGAAUAUUGUGCGUACACUAACUCCUUUGCAGUAAUCAGACGGGGGAUUUUAUUGUGGACAAAGGAAGUGAAUUUUCUCCCCCGUAAGAGUAUCAUUCGGGAUUGAGAAUGUCGGGGAGCCGGGAGGAGGAGCGGCGGAAACUCGCCGACAUCAUUAACCACUGGAACGCCAACCGGCUCGACCUGUUCGAGAUCAGCCAGCCCACCGAGGACCUGGAAUUCCAUGGGGUGAUGAGAUUUUAUUUCCAAGACCGAGUAGCAGGAAACUUCGCCACCAAAUGCAUCCGGGUAUCCAGCACAGCCACCACACAAGAUGUAAUAGAGACGCUGGCGGAGAAGUUCCGACCUGACAUGAGGAUGCUGUCAUCCCCAAAGUACUCACUGUAUGAAGUUCAUGUCAGCGGGGAAGAACGGAAGCUGGACCUGGAUGAGAAGCCCCUGGUGGUGCAGCUGAAUUGGAACAAAGACGACAGGGAAGGCAGAUUUGUCUUAAAGAAUGAAAACGACAUUGCCCCAAAGAAAACACAGAGUAAUGGGCCAGAAAAACAAGAGAAAGAGGGGGUGAUACAAAACUUCAAGAGGACCCUGUCCAAGAAAGAGAAGAAAAAGGAAAAAAAGAGAGACAAGGAAGCCUUUCCUCGUAUUGUUGAUGGAGAUGAACGAUCUUUAAAUAGGGAGGAUGGCGAGAACUCAAGGUUAGCAGCUGAGGUGUACAAAGACAUGCCAGAGACGAGCUUUACACGUACCAUCUCAAACCCAGAGGUGGUCAUGAAGCGCCGGAGGCAACAGAAACUGGAGAAGAGGAUGCAGGAGUUCCGGAGCAGUGAUGGACGGCCAGACUCUGGAGGGACGCUGAGGAUCUAUGCGGACAGUCUUAAACCAAAUAUUCCCUAUAAGACAAUCCUUCUGUCCACCACGGACACUGCUGACUUUGCUGUGGCAGAAGCUCUAGAGAAGUAUGGACUAGAGAAGGAGAAUCCCCGGGACUACUGUAUUGCUCGGGUGGUGCUUCCCCCAGGGUCUCAGCAGUCAGAUGACAAGGGGGGGAAAGAGACCAUCCUCGAUGACACCGAGUGCCCCCUGCAAAUUUUCAGAGAUUGGCCUAGUGACAAAGGAGCCUUAGUGUUUCAACUGAAGAAACGCCCUCCUGAUUACAUUCCAAAGAAAGCUCGUAAGCCAGAAGAGAAGGUAUCCAGAGGGAGGUCAGUAGAUGUCCCUCUCCACAGCUCUCUACCUCCUGAGAAGCUCCCUUACCUGGUGGAGCUGAGCCCAGGGAGAGGGAAUCACUAUGCCUACUACAACUAUCGCCACCAGGAAGAUGGCUCUGACUCCAGGGAUAAACCAAAGCUCUAUCGGUUACAGCCGAGCAUCACUGAGGUGGGAACUGAGAAAAUGGAUGAUAAUUCCAUCCAGCUCUUCGGGCCUGGAAUCCUUCCGUACCAUUGUAACUUGAUGCAUGCAGACGGCCUGGUGACUGUGACACCCCGCAGCUUUGAAGCAGAGACGUUUGUAGAUGGGCAGCGCAUCACAGAGACCACCGUGCUUAGGAGUGGCAUGAAAGUCCAGUUUGGAGCCUCUCAUGUCUUUAAGUUUGUUGAUCCCAGCUAUGACCACAGCUUGUCCAAGAGGAGCAUGGACUCUGGACCCAUGGUGAAAGGACCGAGGAGUAAAUCAGGGAGUGUUCCCGAAACAACCUUUGACCUGCAUGGGGAAAUCCACAGUGGAGCGGCCCUCCCACCAAGCAAGAGCUCCGGAAAACUGGACAUGGAACAUUCAGGCCCCACAUCUAACCUGAGUGAGAGAGGCAUGGUGAAGCCGAUGGUAAGGGGGGAGCAGCAGGAUAACAGAUCCCAGGAUGGACUGGGGCCAGAAUUGACACUACCGGCCAGCAUCGAGUUCAGGGAAAACUCUGAAGAUGCUUUCCUGUCGGCCAUCAUCAACUACACCAACAGUUCCACCGUCCACUUCAAACUGUCUCCCACAUAUGUGCUGUACAUGACCUGCCGCUAUGUGUUGUCCAGCAACUACAGGCCAGACAUGAGCCCCUCCGAGCGCACACACAAGGUGAUAGCCAUAGUUAACAAGAUGGUGAGCAUGAUGGAAGGAGUCAUCCAGAAACAGAAGAAUAUCGCUGGAGCCCUGGCGUUCUGGAUGGCCAAUGCAUCAGAGCUGCUCAACUUCAUCAAACAGGACAAAGACCUCAGUCGCAUCACCUUAGACGCUCAGGAUGUCCUGGCCCAUUUAGUCCAAAUGGCCUUCAAGUACCUGGUGCACUGUCUGCAGUCUGAUCUCAGUAACUACAUGCCUGCUUUCCUAGAUGAUCCUGAAGAGCAAAACCCACAACGUCCUAAAAUAGAGGAUGUGCUCCACACCCUGACAGGAGCCAUGUCCCUGCUGCGCCGUUGCCGUGUCAACGCUGCCCUUACCAUCCAGCUCUUCUCCCAGCUCUUCCACUUUAUCAACAUGUGGCUCUUCAAUAAACUGGUCACCGAAUCCGACUCGGGCCUGUGUUCACACUACUGGGGGGCCAUCCUUCGCCAGCAGCUCAGCCACAUUGAGGCUUGGGCUGAGAAGCAGGGCCUUGAGCUCGCCGCCGACUGCCACUUGAGCCGCAUUGUACAGGCCACAACUCUCCUCACCAUGGAUAAGUACUCCAUGCAGGAUGUUCCCAGCAUUCAUAACACCUGCUUCAAACUGAACUCCCUGCAGCUUCAGGCGCUACUGCAGAAUUACCACUGUGCCCCAGAUGAGCCCUACAUUCCUCCUGAGCUGAUUGACAACGUGGUGGCUGUGGCAGAGAACACUGCCGAUGAGCUGGCACGCAGUGAUGGGCGCGAAGUCCAGCUGGAGGAGGACCCCGACCUGCAGCUCCCCUUCCUGCUGCCUGAGGACGGCUAUUCCUGUGAUGUGGUCCGCAACAUUCCCAACGGUUUCCAGGAGUUCCUGGAGCCACUUUGCCAGAGAGGGUUUUGCAGACUGAUUCCUCACCCUCGCUCACCUGGCACCUGGACCAUCUAUUUUGAAGGAGCUGACUGUGAUAGCCAUUUUUCUGCUGAUAACGCAGACCUGCAAAUGCGUAAGGAGCCAGAAGUUGUAACUGUCACUCUAAAGAAGCACAAUGGAAUGGGACUCAGCAUUGUUGCUGCAAAGGGUGCUGGACAGGACAAACUAGGAAUUUACAUCAAGUCUGUUGUGAAGGGUGGAGCUGCUGACAUGGAUGGCCGGUUGGCGGCAGGAGACCAGUUACUCAGUGUGGAUGGGCGUAGCCUUGUGGGCCUUUCUCAAGAAAGGGCUGCUGAGCUCAUGACACGAACAGGCUCUGUUGUAACACUAGAGGUUGCCAAGCAGGGAGCAAUUUAUCAUGGACUGGCCACACUGCUCAACCAGCCCUCACCAAUGAUGCAGAGAGCAUCAGACCGUGGCCGCGGCUCAGGUAAACCCAGACCAAAGAGUGAGGGCUUUGAGCUCUACAACAACUCUGCGCAGAAUGGCUCUCCAGAAAGUCCCCAGGGCCCGUGGGGCGAGUAUCACGAACCAAAGAAAAUAACCGGUGAGGAGAGGCUGCUGAAGAACAGGGCUGACCACCGUUCUAGCCCCAAUGUGGCCAACCAGCCCCAGAGCCCAGGAGGAAUGCCUGUUUAUUCAGGGGGACCGACAGCGAAAAUCACCUCAGUCUCGACUGGCAACCUCUGCACCGACGAUCAGCCCCCUCCUCCCCGUCCUGAAGCCUACCCUAUUCCCACCCAGACCUACACUAGGGAGUACUUCACCUUCCCAGCUCCUAAAUCUCAGGACCGUAUGGGCCCAGGCCCGGGGCAGCAGUGGCAGAGCUACGAGGACGGAGUCCCAGGUCAGCAUGACGACCGUCACCCUGGCAACAUGGUGAUACAGCGGGCCACUCGCUCUCAGGAGGAGCUUUCUGAUGACAGGGGUUUAUAUUACUUGGAGAGGGGCCGCCAGGAGGACCUGGCUCACCUGCAGCACCGAGAGGCAGAGUACCAACGAGAGCAUGGCAGUGGAGAACACUGGAACCACCAAGUGUCCUCCUCUGUGGAGUCGAGCACCUCCAGCCAGGAGCACCUCAACUACUCCUCUUCCUCUAAGAACGCCCCCAACCACAAGAGUGGGCCUGGCCGCUGGAAGACACCUAUAGCCCCUCACUCGGCUCCUGUGGCUGUCUCCCAACCCAUCCGCACAGACCUUCCACCCCCACCUCCACCCCCUCCACCUGUACAGUACGCAACCGAGUUUGACUCCCAGGCCGAACUGCCUCUUCCUCCCCCUCCUGCCCAACAGGCAGCUGACCGUAAGAAGCGGGAGGAGCAGCAACGUUGGUACGAGAAGGAGAAGGCGAGGCUGGAGGAGGAGAGGGACAGGAAGAGAAGAGAACAAGAGAGAAAACUAGGCCACAUGCGCAACCCUCCAGGGCCUGUCCCUCUCGCCAACCAGCAGAUCGGGCCUAUGCCUCCUCCGCCGCAACACCAGCAGUUACCUCCCCCUCCAGCACCUAUACCGAUGCAACAGCCACAAUCCUACCUCCCGCCUCAGCAGCAGCAGCCCCCAAGACCAGAGAAGUUAUCCAGCAUCCCACGGGCGCCCCCUCCUCCGCAGGAGACAGUAAUCCGGGAGCUGCUUCCCCAGCAGCAACCUCGAACCAUUGAGCGCAGAGACUUGCAGUACAUCACCAUCAGUAAGGAGGAGUUGUCCUCCAGCGACAGCCUUUCUCCUGACCCCUGGAAACGGGAUGCCCGAGAAAAACUGGAGAAACAGCAGCAGAUGCAUAUUGUGGACCUGCUGGACAAGGAGAUUCAGGAGCUGCAGGCCAAGCCAGAGCGCACAGCCGAGGAGAACGACCGGCUGCGCAAGCUGAUGCUGGAGUGGCAGUUCCAGAAGCGGCUACAGGAGUCUAAGCAGAGUGAGGAGGAUGAGGAGGAGGACGACGACGAGGAUGUGGACACCAUGAUGAUCAUGCAACGGCUAGAGGCUGAGAAGAGAGUGCGGCAGACUGCUGUUCCAGCAAUCUCUGUUCUAGACUUGUUGCAGGAUGAGGAGCGCCGUCGAAAGCAGCAGCUGGAGGAGAUCCGAAAGAGGGAGGCAGAGGACCGGGCCAAGCAGGAGGAAGAGCGGCGCUGGAGAGAGGAGGAGAGGGCUCGACGAGAGGCCGAGGAAAAGAGGAGACAGGAAGAGGAGUACUACACACGCCUGGAGGCCGAGAGGCGCCGGCAGCACGAGGAAGCUGAGCGAAAGCUGCUGACGCCUGACGAGCCUGGUCUGUACAGACCUCCCCUCCCCCGGGACUAUGAGCUCCCCUCCCCCGCCCCUGCCACUAACGCUCCUCCACCCCCGCCUCAGAGAAACACCUCUUACCUCAAAACCCAGGUCAUCUCCCCUGACGCGUUGUACACUGCCAAGUUUGUCUCGUACACUGAUGACGAGGAGGAGGACGCAGGCCUAGCAGGAUAUAAUUCGUACACUGGAAAUGCAACAGGGGUUGUAGGAUCGCAUGAAGUUUACAAGGACCCACGAGAAAAAUGGGGUAAAGGUGGCCAGGAACAAGAUACUUCUGUAGGCAGUGAAGCCCCGGAGAGCCUGACUUUUAAAGAACGUCAGCGACUUUUUUCCCAGGGACAGGACGUGUCCAACAAAGUCAAAGCAUCUCGGAAGCUAAUGGAGCUGGAAAAUGAACUGAACACAAAGUAAAGACUGGAGCCAAGCCCUCCAAGCCCAAACCCUCCCACCAUCCUGCUGGGAAAGAGAACACCUUUAUCUGCAGAGAGUCAUAUGUUUCUGAAGUAACUGGACUGUUAAAUAUGAUUUAGGUAUUCUUUUGCAAUAGGAGAAGAGGCAAUAUUGCUUACUUUCCAUGAGAACUAUCAAAGAUAUAAUAAAGCACUGUAUAAAAUGUUUUAAUUAUAUUCAAAAAAUCACAUGAAGGGGGUUCUAUUUUUUUUCCUUUAACGGUU